CUACAAUCAACAAAGAUCACAAAACCCUAGAUAGGAAAAACCUAGCUAUUCAUUAAUAUUCUCAUGCAAUGCAAAAAGCAUCACCUACACCUACACCAAAUUAAUAUAUGUUCCCCUAUCCCUUCCUACGUUGCAUGAACUUCCGAAUGGAUAAGAAACUAGUCCAGCUUCUUCCCAUCAAGCUCUCAAACAACAUCCAUGGUUUUCUCAGAAAGUUCUUAUUCAAAGUUCUCUCCUUUGGCCCAAUGCCGAAACACAUCGCCUUUAUUCUAGACGGUAACCGAAGAUACGGCAAGAAGUGGAACCUCACUGAAGGAGAAGGCCAUGAAAGAGGAUUCUGUAACCUCAUGACAAUCCUCAAUUACGUGCAUGAAAUGAAGUUUCAGUAUGUCACCGUCUACGCCUUCAGUAUCGAUAACUUUAGGAGAAAAGCCGAAGAAGUUCAGCUUCUGAUGAGGCUCAUCAAGGAGAAGAUGGAUGCAUUGGUUGAAGACAAAAGCAUGGCUGAUAAACUAGGGAUCAGGAUUGAGUUCAUUGGGAAAUUGGAGUUGUUGGAUGAGUCAGUGAGAGAAGCUGCAAAGAAGCUGAUGAAGACCACUGAGAAGAAUGACCAGCUUGUUUUACUGGUUUCUAUUGCUUACACUUCAACGGAUGAGAUUGUGCAUGGGAUUGAGAGAUCAUGCAUGGAGGUACGUGAUGAAGAUGAUGAUGAUGGGAUGAUGAUAAAGGUGGUGGAUUUGGAGAAGAAUAUGUAUUUUGGUGGUUAUCCAGAUCCUGAUAUACUAGUGAGGACUUCAGGGGAGACAAGGUUGAGUAACUUUCUUUUAUGGCAAACAAAAGGUUGUCUUCUUUAUGCUCCUUCUUGUCUUUGGCCUGAGAUCUCUCUGAGGCAUCUUGUUUGGGCUGUGCUUAAGUAUCAGAGGAGGUUUUCUUAUUUGGAGAGAAUUAAGAAACAAUAAUCUUGAAAUUAAGGUUUUAUUGAUGUUUUAUUUUUUUGGAUUAAUUAAGUAAUAUUGAUCUAUAUAUUUGUUUAUGAUCAGC